AUGGCCAAUCCGGUGCAGCCCGAGUUUCCUUCAGCACAGGAGCCAGGCUCCACCGCACCCCUGGACCUGCCGGAGAUGGAGAAACUCCUCACCAAGGCAGAGGACAAGGAAGACAAGACCCUCAAUCUGUCCAAGACCCUCUCAGGGCCUCUGGAUCUGGAACAGAAUGGCCAUGGCCUGCCCUUCAAGGCCAUCUCCGAGGUGCACCUGGAGGCCCCACUGCCUCGGUCCCCCUCCCGGGCCAGCUCAAGGAGGGCGUCCUCCAUCGCCACCACCUCCUAUGUCCAAGACCAAGAAGCCCCCAGAGAUUACCUCAUCCUGGCCAUCGUCUCCUGCUUCUGCCCCGUCUGGCCCCUCAACCUCAUCCCCCUCAUCAUUUCCAUCAUGUCUCGAAGUAGCAUGCAACAGGGCAAUGUGGACGGCGCCCGGAGGCUGGGCCGCCUGGCUCGGCUGCUCAGCAUCACCCUCAUCCUCAUGGGCAUUGUCAUCAUCACGGUGGCCGUGACCGUCAACUUCACAGUUCAGAAAAAAUAAACUUAACCGGGGAGCUGGGCUAGCAGAGGCCGGCCCUGGCCAUUGGGAGAGCUCUGACCCACACCCCCCACACACCGCGGGAG